UGCAAGGACAACAAAACAAAUUCGGCAGGACAUAUACAGUUUUUUUUUCCUUUGUGUCUCCCAAUUAGUGCAGUCUCGUCCCUAUUCCAAUUGGAGAGCUCCCAGGAGCCGUUAGCGUCCCGAUUCCAAAAUGCAUUGGUGGCGUCCCAGCAAUUAGAUGGCCCAGCAAAUAGCCAGACAGCAGCACACAGCCGAAAAUGAACAAUUUGGAGCACGUUAAGCACUUCUACCCAGAGAACUAUAAAUUGGAUCUAUCGGAGACGAUGAAGGCGGCACUAUCCAAGGGCCCCGGCGUCGGGGGCGUGGCCAGUGGAGCGUCGCACAGCGAUAUGCUGCCGCAGCCGAAUGCCGGACUGCCUGGCGUGGGCUAUGUGACCGAGAAGCUGUACAUGCUGCUCCAGCUCUACUUGCAGAACAAGGGCUGGAACCCCAGUGCCGAGCUGCUGCAGUGCUUCAGCGAUCUGAAGGACAACGCAAUGCUGCCCAGUGCCGCCUACCUGCAGGUUCUGGCCAAUCGUCUGACUCUGGACUCCCAGGGUCGCCUGAUUCUGCGCGACAAUGGAAAGAUUGUCCUGCCGUUUGAGCAUUUCGCCAAUGCUGUCAUGCUGAAGCACAUGUCCGGUCCGCACGGUCUUCAUCUAAGUGUGGACGCCACGGUGCGGGCUGUCAUCGAGUCGUACACGAUUGGGCGGGAUCAGUUCGGCAUGGAGAAGGAGUUCAUCAUCGAGGUGGUGCAGUCCUGCCCCAGUCCAGCCUGCCGCUACUACAAGAACCACAUGGGCAUCUCGCCCAUGCCAUUCAUGGAACAGCAGUAUCCUGGCGUGAAUACGCCCGACUUCUUGCAGCGUCUCUCCCACCUGCCGCCCAGCAGUGCAGCCGGAUCAAGUGCCGCUGCUGGGUCUGCCUCCAGCGCUGCCAGCAGCACCAGCUCAAGCAAUGUGGAAAUUGACUUAUCCAAGUCGACGGGCUCCAAGGUGGCACAGGUGCCAGUGCCGCCGCAACUGCAGCAUCUGACCAAGCAGCAGCAGAACAGCAUUCAGACGCAACUCUCCCAGAUCAGUGCUGCCGCCGCACAUCAUCAGCAGCAGCAGCAGCAGCAGCAACAGCAGCAACAACAACAACAGCAGCAGCAGCAGCAACAACAGCAGCAACAGCAACAACAGCAGGCCCAGGCGCAAGCCAAGCACCAGCAGCAGCUUACGGCGGCUCUGAUACAGCAACAGAAUCGUGUGCUUGCCCAGCAGAGCCUCGAGAAGCUAAGCAACUUGAGUCCGCUGGAGAAACAGCGUGUGUUUGCUCAGCUGGAUCCCAAGCACUUUGAUCCGAUGGCCGUGGCCGCAGCAGCAGCCAAUUUACAGAUCCAGGGACUGAUGCAAUCGCAGGCAGUGGCCGCCGCAGUGGCUGCAAAUCAGCAGCCACCUCCAGCCGCCAGCACAUCCACGUCCGGGAGUUCUGGUGUCAGUUCGCAGGCCCAUCACCAUCCAAUGCCACCGCCAUCACAGUCGCCGCACUCAUCAUCAUCGUCUUCCUCGCACUCGUCGCUGGAUCAGCUCUCACACAAGAAUGUAGCUGAUUCCUUGCGCUCAAAUCUUGAUUCGAUUGAGUCGAACAAGGAUCUGCUGGCGCUGCACAACGGGGCCUGGGCCACCAGCGAUGCCAAUCGCAUGGAUCACAUGGCCGUUGGCCAGGACAAGAUUGUACGCAUUUUCUCUGAACUUAUGCGGAACAUGUCCCGCAUGAAGACCUACAUACGUCCAUCCAUGUGCAAGCCCUACGGCAAGCAGAGCGAGAGUCUGCAGAAGACACUCAUGGACACCAUUCAGAUUGUGCAAACGCUGCGCAACUGCUUGCCGGCUCCCCACAUACCGGUCUCCUCCUGGAAGAGUGAGAGCGAGGGUAACAUGGGUACAGGUGUGGGCGUUGGCGUCGGUGUUGGUGUCGGUGCCGUUCCACAAGGACUAAACCUGAGCGCUGCCUUGGGUCUGCCAUCAGGCAGAGUGGACAACAUGCACUAGGCGGGGCAUGGUAAGAGAUAUUCUCUAAGAUGCAACCCAACAGAAUGAUAUCACACACACUUUACGCUCAAAUUCCUUGCAGAAUUUCGAGAAUACAUAGUAUUACGUACAUAAACCCAUUUAUAUGAUAAGGAUAGAAGAGGUUCACCUUCAUAGGCUUGGCUCCAGUUUUCCUUUUAGCAAUUAUGUGCCAUGUUCAACACAAGACUUGAUUUCGUUUCAACACUUGACUGACAUUUAGAUAUGUAUGUACGAGUAUAUGUUGUGGCCCGAUCCUGAUUGGGGAUUAUGCACUGUACAAGUGAUCAACCCACACAACAGUGGAUUGAGCCUUGUAGGGCGCAUCGAAACAGCGGUUGGAACCGUUUUAUCUUUAUGAAUCCAUCUCCUUUAAUUGACUUGUCUCUCACUCUGACUCUGACUCUCUGUACUUCCCGAUUUGGCAUACAAAAUUUAAACGCAAAAUGGAGAAUUAGUUAAAAAAUUGGCAAAACGUCUGUGAUAUUUAAAUUAUGUUGGCAUAUGGAAAGCAAAACUAAAUUUACAUUUUUUUUUUAAAUAUUUUUUUAUACAUUGUGUGCCCUUUGUUGUGACGAUUUUACAAUUUACUCUGUGCAAUACCUACUAAGCAUCUAUUCUUAACUAUUCCUGUGCAAUUGACAACUUCUCACCCAUAUCAAAACCCCAACUCGAAUCUAACAUGGCAGCAUGCCCGCCAGCCCCCUCCCUACUACAUAAUACAUAAUAUACUACCAACGAGUAUAUAGACGGCAUAAGAAUUAUAUUAUAUUUUGCAUUAGAAAUACAUAAAUAUUUAGGCUAUA